AUGGCCAUCUCCAUUGCCGAUAGCUCCAGUAGCUCGCCCAGGUCGUCUCUGGCCUUUUUGCUGGACCCGGAAAAGGUCGAGCUGCCGCGUCCCAAGCAGAGCAUGUGGCAUCGCCUGGGUCUCCGGCGAUGGCUUGGCCGCGAUGACCGAGAUUUUCCCUCUCGCUCCCCUGCGAGUGCGAGCAGUGAUUCUUCCUCCCCCGCGUCCAACGAUCGUUCCAAGAGCACCAAUUCUCCACCACCCAAAUCCCACGAUAACCUCACGCGCCGUCUGUCGAGAAGGGUCGGCGUUGGCCUCCCCCGAUCCACGACCUUCAGGAGACAACACUCCGAGCAUCGGGAUCGACUUUCCCCCGUCGACUCAGAGCCCCGGCCUCGCGCUGUUUCAGCCGACCGUCGUACAUUGAGCCUGCAGCGGACAAAGUCCCCACAGUCUGUCGUGGAUCCCAGAUUAUCCGCUCCCGAGAUCAACUGGCCGCGCGACGACCCGGACCCAGACCCGAACCCCUCAACCAGAGUCGACAAACCUCCGGAAGCGAAUGAGGAGACCCCCCAGAACAACGACGUCAGGUCGGAAUGGGACCACUUCCCCCAGGUGACGGAUACUCCCGAGGGGUAUCCUGUUGAUAUUUUCGACAUGGAGCUGGAGCGCCGGUGGAUUCUGAACCUGAGCAUGCACUUUCGGGAUCGCUCAGAGAGGGAAAAAUUUUUCGUCACCUACGCCGAAGCCGCCAACAGAUGGCGUCGCGUUACAAUUUCGUGCGACUAUCGCGAUGCCGAACCUGAGUCUCUAGAACAAGAUUUGAAGGAACUACGGUACCAGAGAGACAAGUGUGCCCGCAUCUACGAGUCAAUUCGCGAAUCACUCCCCGAAAUUCAAUUCUACGACACCGUCACGAACCUGAAACUAGAGACGCGCGACGGUCGUCUGCAUGUCCAUGUAACCGAGGACGUGAACGAAAUCAUCCCUUAUCCGCCUAUAUCCAGUAUCGGCCAUUUACCCGAAGCGCGACUCGUCCCUGAGCACCGGCUACACUUCGAGGCACACUUGUCAGGAUUUGUAUAUAAUGUACGACUGGGCGAUAGGUCGUUUAUAAAGAAGGAGAUCCCAGGACCGGAUACCGUCGACGAAUUCUUAUACGAGAUCAACGCCCUACAUGCGCUUCAAGGAACGCCAAAUGUGAUUCAGGUGGAAGGAGUUGUGGUGGAUGACCGAGAAGAGGUAGUCAAGGGACUUCUCAUUAGUUUUGCUGAAAAGGGAGCCUUGGUGGAUAUCUUAUAUGAAUACCGCGGGACGAUUUCUUGGGAGCGCCGCGAGCGUUGGGCCAGACAGAUUGUGCACGGCCUAAGCGAGAUCCACGAGACUGGCUAUGUCCAGGGAGAUUUCACGUUGUCGAAUAUUGUGGUCGACGCUAACGAUGACGCGAAGAUUAUCGACAUCAACAGACGAGGUUGUCCGGUUGGAUGGGAACCCCCGGAGAUUGCGGCGAAGAUCGAGAGCAACCAACGUAUAUCGAUGUACAUUGGGGUCAAAACGGACCUCUUUCAAUUGGGCAUGACACUCUGGGCUUUGGCUAUGGAGGAAGACGAACCCGAGCGGCAGCGCCGACCAUUCGUGCUGGACGAUGACGUUCCCCUACCGGACUAUUAUCGGAGGCUGGUGUCUAUUUGCCUGAGCCCUGUUCCUCGACAACGACUAUCUGCCAAGGAACUGCUUAAUUUCUUCCCUCCUGAAACAGGGACCUUCGACCAGCUGCCUAGAAUACAACCCCAGACAAGCAUUGGAGUGGGUCUACACAAUGGCGCCCUGCCUUUGUACGACUCGCGCGCUGCGUUCUUGUACCCACGCGGCAGGCAGAUAGGGAGCUUUGGCCACAGCAAUACACAGAUCCCAUACCAGCCGCAUAGUGACAGCUUCGAGAGCUUUUCUGCACCUGAAACGGACGGGGCGUUUGCCAACAAGGGGGAGGAAGAACGGCGACCCGAGCUGUAUGACGUGGCGACGCAGCCGAACGGAGUAAGGAAAAGCGAAUCCAUAAUCUUCGAUGAGCGGAGUGCUGUGAAUGACAUUGUACCAACGAGGCUCCCAACACACCCGGAUGCCGCACACCAAUUUCGGAGAAGCUCAUCACUUGACUAUGAAGAGGACGAGUUUGGCGUUGAUCCUCGUUACCGAAGCUCCUCAACAGAUAUGACAAUGGUCGACCCUUUUUUCAAUGCCGAACCGUUGUCAGGUGAACUGGUUGGUGUUGGCUCAUGGAAAACCCCGUCUCGCAACAGUUCUGUCCAUUACAACCCCCCUGAGCAGUUAGCCACCAUACAGGCCUCUGCCGAUAUAUACCCGUUGGAUUCGGCGACCGAAGCCCAGUCUAGUCAGGAGCCGCUGCAGGAUGUGUCAACACUUCUGCAGUCUGCACUACCAAUCAAUCCGGCGGCCGACAUACAGGAGAAGUUGAUCCCCACGACAACAGGCCACAUUGAGCAGCCUCCGAUUGUAGCGUCCUCAAGGUUGGCAUUGGAAAAUAGCCCACAAAUUAUCGCCCAGCAGAGCACUCUUUUGAGCGAGUCAAGUUUACGCUUUAACCCGGCCGUUCUAGGAUUGGAAGAAACGACGCAAAAAAGCGUCGAUUCCCAGGCGCAAUCUUAUAUUCAGUCGACUUUUGAAUAUUCUGCAGACGAUCACCACGAUUCUCCUUUAAGCGACUCUCUUUUACCCAUAAAUCCAGCGGCCAAGUUACCGGAGACAGAGAUCCCCGAGCCGGAAAGAGCAUCUAAUCUGCAGACUGAAGCUUCUGGACGUCACGAAAAAGCCAUACAAGACCGGGUUCCGAAUUUGAGCGAAUCGCGCCUGCCCAUUAAUCCAGCAGCAACUGAAUCGCCGAGCAGUUUUAAACCUCCAACGACUGCUCUGUCAGCCUCUCAGAACGUGCCAAAUCAGGAUUCCUUGCAGGACAUACAAUUCCAAAACAUCAUCAACUCCUGUUUGCCCAUCAGCCCAGCCGCCGUAUCCUCAGGGGAAACGCUCGACUACAGCAUAGCUAUCAAAGCGGCUCCUGACCUGUCGUUUCGAUGUACUCAACAGAUCGCCCAGGACCAGAACCAGAAUGCUUUCCUCAGCAAUUUCAGCUUGUCCGCCAAUGCAGCCACAACGUCAGGGGAGGCACUCGACCACGGGAUAGAUACGAAGCACGCUCUCAACGCUCAACCGAUCGUCCAGGACGAAAACCAAAAUUCCUUCCUCAGCAAUUCUCACCUACCCAUUAACCCGGCCGCAAAAUGCUCGACUGAAGCAACAGUCAGCAAACAUCCAACUACUAUACCGUCGUCUCCUGAGGCUCAGCCCGUUUCUUACCCGCAGCAUAGCACCCACGACCGAAACCCCCACCUAAACGACUCCCAUCUACCCAUCAACCCAGCAUUCACCGACAAGGUCUUACAGUUUGUAUGA